CCCCCACGGGCAGGGCUGUUCCGGCACGCCGAUUCCGGCGCUCUGACCCGGAGGAGCUUCCCCGCACUCCCGGGGCACCGGCGGGGCUGCUCGCACGUGGUGCCGCCGCCGGCAUGGCGGCCGUGCGGGUCGAGGCGGUGCUGGCGGCCGCCGAGGAGCAGGAGGCGGAGAAGCGGCGGAGCAUCACGGUAGAGAAGGAGCUGGAGCUGGAGUUCGACUUGGGUAACUUGCUGGCGCUGGACCGCAACCCCCCUCCAGCGGCGGCGGCGCUGCGCGGGGCCGGCCCGCGGCGGGAGGCGCUGCUGCGGGCGCUGGCCCGCGACAACACGCAGCUGCUGGUGUCCCGGCUCUGGGAGCUGCCGGCCGAGCGCGCCGGCGGUGCCGGGGGGCCGCUGGUGGCGCGGCUGCCCGAGCCCACCUUCCGCCUGCCGCGGGAGAAGCCGCCGCCGCGGCCGCGGCCGCCGACGCGCUGGGAGCAGUUCGCGCGGCUGAAGGGCAUCCGCCGCCGCAAGAAAACCUCGCUGGUGUGGGACGAGCAGGCCAAGGAGUGGCGGCGGCGCUGGGGCUACCGGCGAGCGGGCGGAGACCCGGCCCGCGCCUGGCUGGCGGAGGUGCCGGCGGGCGCCGACCCCGAGGAGGACCAGUUCGCGCGGCUGCGGCGGGAGAAGCGGGAGCGGGUGGCGCGCAACGAGCUGAACCGGCUGCGCAACCUGGCCCGGGCCCACCGCGCCGGGAGCGCCGUGCCCGCCGCCCCCCUGCACCCCACCGGCCACCAGGACCGCGAGGAGCUGCGCCGGGUCGCCCGCGUCGCCCGCGUCUCCACCGCCUCGCUCGGCCGCUUCCAGCCGCGGCUGCCGAAGGAGCCAGCGGAGCCGCCCUCCCGCAGCGGCGGCAGGAAGCGCCGCUUCGAGCCGCUCCUGGGCAACCUGGCGGCCGAGCGCAGCCGGCAGCUGGAGCUGCUGCGGGACAUGGGCAGCAAGAAGCCGGUCCUGGACAUCACCCGCGCUGUCAACAAGCAGAUGCGCCAAGAGGAGGCCGAGGCGGCCGCCGCCCACAAGGGCAAGAAGCAGUCGCAGCGGGGCAAGCGCGGCCGCCGGCAGCAGCGGCCGGGCCGCAGUGGCAAGAAGAGCGGAGCCCGGCGGCAGCAACAACAGCAGAAGCCCGCGGGCGGUGGCACCGGCGGCGGCCGGAGGAAGAAGGCAUGAGGGACUGUGCAGCACGGGCUGGGGAUGCCCUCUAAGGCGUGGGAAGGGACUGUCACUUGCAGCCUCCCGCCCCGUGCUCCGUUCACACACAUACUUGUCAAUAAAUAUGCUCUGGCCUUUCUAAAA